UAUGAAAAUGAACCAACAUAUUCACUUUCCUCUUUCCCAUCCCUUUCUUCCAAAGCCCUAACCCUAAUUUUCCCGGAAAACCCAAAAUUUCCUGGAAAAACCAGAGAAGAAAAAUGUUGGAGCUGAGGCUUGUGCAGGGGAGUCUGCUGAAGAAGGUUAUGGAAUCAAUCAAGGACUUGGUGAACGAUGCAAACUUCGACUGUUCUUCCACGGGCUUCUCACUCCAGGCCAUGGACUCGAGCCAUGUGGCCCUGGUGUCGCUCCUCCUCAGAUCGGAGGGCUUUGAGCACUACCGGUGCGACCGCAACAUAUCGAUGGGCAUGAACCUCAACAACAUGGCCAAGAUGCUCAAGUGCGCCGGUAACGACGAUAUCAUCACCCUCAAGGCCGAUGAUGGCAGUGACACUGUCACUUUCAUGUUUGAAAGCCCCACUCAAGACAAGAUUGCCGACUUUGAGAUGAAAUUGAUGGACAUCGAUAGUGAGCACCUUGGAAUCCCAGAAGCAGAGUACCAUGCUAUUGUUAGAAUGCCUUCAGCUGAAUAUGCUAGGAUCUGUAAAGAUCUUAGCAGUAUUGGUGACACUGUUGUGAUCUCUGUGACCAAAGAAGGUGUGAAGUUCUCUACAAGAGGUGAUAUUGGGACUGCAAAUGUUGUUUGCAGGCAGAAUAGCACAGUAGACAAGCCAGAGGAAGCUACAAUUAUAGAGAUGAAUGAACCGGUGUCGUUAACAUUUGCAUUGAGAUAUAUGAACUCCUUCACAAAGGCAACUCCAUUGUCCAGUACAGUCACAAUAAGCUUGUCCUCAGAGCUGCCCGUCGUGGUUGAGUAUAAGAUUGCUGAGAUGGGUUAUAUCAGGUUCUAUUUGGCUCCUAAGAUAGAGGAGGAUGGUGAUGAUGACAAGUCUUAAGUCAAAUUGUUCCACUUUGUUUAGCUCAGCUUACAAUCUUUAUGUCCAUUUCUCUUCAAAUUAGCUUGCUUGCUGAAAUUUUAUAGGACAUUUCUCAUACAUUUUCACUUUCCAGAGGCUUUCACCUCUAAAGAAAGUAGUAAUCUAGAUGAGCCUUUUUUUUUCUUUUUUUUUUUGCUUGUAUGCCUUGACUUUGUAUGAAUGCUUGUUUUGUUUUAAUUUUUAGUAUUUGCAGAAUCUUUCAUAA